AUGGUGCCUGUACUGACGAAGGGUCAUCCGGUGACUGUUGUUACCCCUAUUCCUGUGAAUCCAUACAUCACAUGUAUAAAUGACAGAAAUCGUUUUUUAAUGCUUGUUGCCGGUAUUUUUACUGCUACUGGAAUUUCAGCACAUUACUGCUUUGGUCUUAUUAGUGACUACUUGAAGAAUCGGUACCAUUUCGGGCAGGCGGAGCUUACUAUUAUAAGUACAGUUGGUACAAGUUCUGGAGCCUUUACUUUCCCAUCUGGUGUUGUAUUUGAUUAUUUUGGUCCCUCAGCGGCAGUUGGGAUACCUUGCGUGAUUGGUGCUUCUGGUUUUUUACUAAUGGGAUUGGCGUUUAGUAGUUAUAUUGAGGGUACUGUUGUGCUUUUUUCUAUUUUUUACGGUAUUAUAUGUUUUGGUGCUUCUUCUAUGGAUACAGGAAGUUUAAUGACGAAUAUACUCAAUUUUCCUCGUGAUCGUGGUGCUGUUGUUGUACUACAGAAAACGUUUAACGGACUUGGUUCAUCUAUUAUGACUGUAUGGUUUGGGAGUUUUUUUUCAGGCCAUUACGAGUUAUGGUCUUUUUUCACUGGAGGGAUAUUAUUUCUCUUUGGUAUGAUAGGAGCCGUCUUUCUUCGGCUUCCUCCAUAUCAUUUAACUGCUCUUCAACGAAAAAAAAUGACAGAAGAUGAGUUAAUCAGUAGAGAGGUUACACGUGAUAUUUACAUGACACAGAGACCAUCACAGCGGCGGUUAGCGGUGGGAUAUGUGGUUCUUACUAUACUGACAGUAUUCCUAACAACACAAUCUCUCGUAGUGGCGUAUGUGGAUGUAUCAAAAGAGAGACGUAUUAUUUUGGGUUCUAUCACUACAUUAAUAUUUCUCUGUAUUACCUUUAUUGCGUUACCUUUACGCUGUUUAGAUGCACCAAUAGCAAAUACAAACGUUUGUAUUAGAGAUACUUCCUCCAUCUCCUCACUUGCUACUGCUAGAGAUACACCAAAUGCAAUGCCUAAACCUUCUGUUGGACGAUGUGAAGAUAAUGUGAUGCCGUGUGAAUCCGGUGGAAUAACAGAUGAACUCCUACAACAAAAACAACAAGAACAAUCUCCACAACGACGCAGUUAUGCUUCUACAUUGCCUGGUCCACCUCCAGAACGAUUUCCAGAACCACAAUACCAGGGGAGUUUUCUCACAGAUCUUCUUUUUCUUGAUACCUGGUUGCUAUUCUGGACAGGGUUCUGUAACUGGGGUACUGGUAAUCUUAUUGUAGCGAAUACUGCUCAAAUUUAUCGUUCAAUGAAUGAAAAUCACUUUGUGGAAACCACUAAUACUCUAUACGUUACACUUAUAGGAGUGGGAAGUGCCCUUGGUCGGGUAUUGAUGGGAUGUAUUGAGAUGGCAAUUGAAAAGCGAGCUUACCCUUCUUCUCAACAGUUUUCGCAGACCUUAUCUCCAUUAUUACAACCACAUGCUAGGUCAAAACUCCAUGUUAUUAUGGUAUACCCUUUUCCUUCUGUUCUUAUGAGUAUGGGUUUGAUUCUUCUUCUUGUAAUACCUGUUGAAGGUGUAGUAGUACCUCUGGUACUUAUAAGCUUCGCAUUUGGAUACAGCUGGGCGUGUACAGCACUUGUAGUACGUUCUCUAUUCGCGAAAGAUGUUGGAAAACAUUACAGUUUUCUAUUUAUGGCUUCUUUCUGUGCAAAUAUUGCUCUUAAUCGCUUUAUGUUUGGUGAAUUAUUUGAUCGUGAAGGAAGGAAAAUGGGUCUAUACCCUUUUUGUGCGGGUCGUCAAUGCGUGCGAACGAGUUUCUUGAUCUUGUUAAGUUUAAACCUUUCUGCUAUUGUUGCCUCCGUAAUAGUCUGUUUCAGAUUUUUACGUUAUGCCGCUCGUCAGGCCCCACAUUUGUUGGAUGAUUAUAUUAAUUGUGAUGAUGAAAUUGCAUAG